AUGGAUUUUGACAAGAAAAAGGAGCACGUUGAGCACGUCGAGUAUGCUCCAAACGCUAUUUCUGAUGUGCCAGCUGACCUUGAUUACGAUGCAAAUGAGGCAACUAACUUAGAGCACUCGCUCACAUUUCGAAAGGCACUCAAAACCCACACAUGGUCCAUCAUUUGGUCUAUGGUCAUGAGUGCCACAAUCAUUAUGGAAGGCUAUGAUAAUAUAUUGAUUGGCUCUUUUUAUGCGUACCCUUCGUUUCAAAAAAAGUAUGGCGAAGAAAUCAACGGCGGAUACCAACUCUUGGGGCGCUGGCAGGUGGCACUUUCGACAGCUUCUACCGUGGGUAUUAUUCUUGCUUUGGUUGCUAAUGGUUUUUUGGUGGAGCGUUAUGGCCAUCGCCAUGUCAUUAUGGUAAGUUUGGUUCUCAUGGCCGCGUUCAUUUUUAUCACUUUUUUUGCCCACUCGCUCACAGAGCUUCUUAUCGGCCAAAUAUUAUGCGGUAUUCCCUGGGGAAUAUUCGCCACCAUGGGCCCAACCUAUUCCUCUGAAGUGGCGCCUCUUGCUUUGCGUGGUCACCUCACUGCUUAUGUCAACAUGUGCUGGGCCAUAGGCCAAUUCAUUGCUGCCGGUGUAUUGCAAGGUUUGGUUUCCAACAAGACUCAAUGGUCUUAUAGAAUCCCCUUUGCUAUUCAAUGGGUAUGGGUUCCACCUUUAUUCAUCUUGACUUAUCUCGCGCCCGACUCACCCUGGUGGUUGGUUCGGAAAGGGAGAAUCGAAGAAGCAGAGAAAUCUUACAAAAGACUUACCCACAAGAGUAUUCACGAUCGGGCAAAGCAGUCUGUGGCCAUGAUGAUUAGGACAACAGAACUUGAAAGAAAGCAAGCUGAACUACAAUCACAGGACCCCAACAUGCGUGGCUGGAGACUGUACUUCCAAUUGUUCAAAGGCUCCAACAGAAGACGUACAGAAGCUGCGUGCAUUGCUUUUGCUGGCCAGGUUCUCAGUGGAUCUACCUUUGCUUACUCUCCUUCUUAUUUCUUUUCUCAGGCUGGUUUGGCUUCCGGUGAAGUUUACAAGUUGAACUUAGGCACCACCAGUAUAGCCUUCACAGGUACUCUUGUUUCGUGGUUCAUGCUUCCAAAGUUCGGUAGAAGAACUAUUUAUGUUACUGGAUAUGGUAUCUUGGUUUGCCUUUUGUUGUUGAUUGGUAUUUUGGCGUUCCCAGCUGAAAAUUCAGGAGGAGUAAAAUGGGCCCAAGCUGGAAUAACCAUGCUAUGGGUAGCGACGUAUUCGCUCACCAUUGGUCCUAUGGCAUUCACAAUUGUAUCGGAGAUUUCUUCCACACGGUUGAGAUCCCAAUCUAUAUCUUUGGCCAGAAACGCUUACAACUUGACAAGUUUGGUGUCGAACGUUGUCGAGCCUUAUCUUAUCAACCCAGGCAAUGCAAAUUUGAAAGGAAAAACUGCAUUCAUCUGGUAUGGUACUGCACUCCCAACGUUUAUUUGGAGUUACUAUCGCUUGCCAGAAACCAAGGAUAGAACUUAUGAAGAGUUGGAUAUAAUGUUCGAGAGAAAUGUUCCUGCAAGAAAGUUUGCUAAGUAUGACAUUUCUGGUAACGAUGGGCUUGGGGUCAAAGAGUCGUAUGAAGAGAUUGCUACGAAUUCUAAAUAG